AUGGCAUGCACUAUCACGACAUGUCAAGCCAUUUUCCAUGGAAAAUGUCUAAACGCGGACGAGAGUGAGUUCGAAGCACUGAGGGCAUUACGAAAAAAUUGGGUAUGCCCGAAAUGUGAAAAGGCUCGGAAAAAUAUCCAACCGACAGACAAGUGCCUUAGCCCGCCAAGAUCGGCGCCACAACAACAAACUGUCGACAGCACGUCACAGCUGUUACUUGCUGCCAUUAAAAGUCUAACAGAAGAGGUCAAGGGAUUAAAAUUCUCCCUCGAUGCCAAUGCUAACGAGGAUUCCUUGUCUGAAUUAAGUACACAGAUACAGCAACAUCCUUCCAUUCUCCCUAUUGACUUUGAUGUAACUGAAGCGGGUAAAUUAGUUCUCAAUUUACCUCCUCCUUUGUUUGAACCUGACUUUAUUACGUCUCCAAAUACUGAAGUAGAUGACCAGAGAGUACCUGUUGCAAAGCUCUCUCAGAGUUCUUCGGGUGAACCGAAUUCUCCUCCUGUAUGUAUUUUUAUCUGA